CCGACAGGGAAGCGCGCGGCGCUGCAGAGCUGAGCUGAGGGCUGGAGCACCAUGAGGGGCCCCGCGCUGCUGCUGCUGCUGUUGUUUCCAAUCCCGCUUACCCUCGGCUUCCCAGGAUCUGGAGACUCACCGCUAGAAGAUGAUGACAUGGGGUACUCACACCCUAGAUAUAAAGAUACCCCAUGGUGCUCCCCUGUCAAGGUGAAGUACGGGGAUGUGUACUGCAGGGCCCCUCAAGGAGGGUACUACACAACAGCCCUGGGGACCCGGUGUGAUAUUCGCUGCCAGAAGGGCUAUGAGCUGCAUGGCUCUUCCCCGCUGAUCUGCCAGUCGAACAAACGGUGGUCCCACAAGGUCAUCUGCAAGCAGAAGCGAUGCCCUACACUUGCCAUGCCAGCAAAUGGAGGGUUCAAGUGCGUAGAUGGCGCCUACUUUAACUCUCGGUGUGAGUACUAUUGUUCACCAGGAUACACGUUGAAAGGGGAGCGGACGGUCAUGUGUAUGGACAACAAGGCCUGGAGCGGUCAACCAGCCUCCUGUGUUGAUAUGGAACCUCCUAGAAUCAAGUGCCCAAGCGUGAAGGAACGUAUGGCUGAACCCAAUAAGCUGACAGUCCGGGUGUCCUGGGAUACACCCGAGGGAAGAGACACAGCAGACGGCAUUCUAACUGAUGUUAUUCUCAAAGGCCUCCCCCCAGGCUCAAAUUUUCCAGAAGGAGACCAUAAGAUCCAGUAUACCGUUUAUGACCGAGCGGAGAACAAGGGCACUUGCAAAUUUCGAGUUAAAGUAAAAGUCAAACGCUGUGGAAAACUCAACGCCCCCGAGAAUGGUUACAUGAAGUGCUCCAGCGACGGGGAUAAUUAUGGAGCCACCUGCGAGUUCUCCUGCAUCGGCGGCUAUGAGCUUCAGGGUAGCCCUGCCCGAGUAUGUCAGUCUAACCUGGCUUGGUCUGGCACAGAGCCCACAUGUGCAGCUAUGAAUAUCAAUGUGGGCGUCAGAACAGCUGCAGCACUUCUGGAUCAGUUUUAUGAGAAAAGGAGAAUCCUCAUUGUGUCUACGCCCACAGCCCGAAACCUGCUCUACAGGCUGCAGCUGGGAAUGCUACAGCAAGCACAGUGCAGCCUGGAUCUUCGACAUAUCACUGUGGUAGAGCUGGUAGGCGUGUUCCCGGCCCUCAUUGGCAGGAUAGGAGCGAAAAUUAUGCCUCCAGCCCUAGCUCUGCAGCUCAGGCUGUUGCUACGAAUCCCGCUCUACUCCUUCAGCAUGGUGCUGGUUGAUAAGCAUGGCAUGGACAAGGAGCGUUAUGUCUCCCUGGUGACCCCUGUGGCCCUCUUCAACCUGAUUGACACAUUCCCACUGAGGAAAGAGGAGAUGGCCCUGCAAGCGGAAAUGGGCCAGACGUGCAACACCUAAUGUGAUGGUUCCUUUCUGUGUAGUCCCUCUUCUUUUUCUACAUAGUGCUAAUCACCCAGAAAGUCUUUAAACAUAUCCUUGAUGUACAGAUUUUUAUUUGUAAUUUUAAAAUUCUAUUUUAUUACGACCUUUUUUGCAUUUAAAAAUUAACACAAUGCUUUCUGUACUUUGACAUUUUCCAAAAAAAGAUAAGACUAUAUUUACUAUUUCCAACUUUCUUUACUCCAUGAUGGGCUGGUUAAUUUUAGAAAGCACAAUCGUACACAUGCUUUUAAUAUGUUAUUCAGUGUGACUGGUAACUUUUCUUUCAUCAUUUUUAUGUAAAAUUUUUACUAAUAAAAUAUUUUGGAGCAAA